AUGCCCACUCCUAGCAGCCGCAAGGCACAGGCCUGCACCUUCACCGAUAACUUUAGACACUCGCCUCUUCAGGGUGCUAAAGACGUCGAUGGAGAAAGUGCACCUGCCUCGGACGCAUUCUGUACCGCAAAGUUUGAACCUGUAGAUGGAGUGAGCAACGACAUGAGCCCAGCCCUCUCAAGUUCACACGCCAGUGUGUCUAGGGCAAGAAUCCCCACAAACUCGCCCACUAAUAAGCUCUGCAUUGGAUCCGUGGCUCCGGCAAGUUUGGGCUCUGUGAUCCCUUCUACAACAGUCAAUCACUGGCAGGAGUUCCAACAUUGCAAGUCGAGCUGCCUCAGGCUCCUCGACCAAAACAUUGUCGACUUCGUUAGAGAGAGCCACGACCAGAUGCAGCAGUUGUGUUUGGGAGAGAAUGCACAAGAAACAUUCGAUGCUCUUGUGACACUGGAUACCAAGGAGGGUGAGACGGAAGAGGAAAUGCUAAAAUGGACAAAAGGCUUGCAGUGGGCAUGUCUUCUUCUGAGAAAAUACACCAAGAGAGCCAAGGGGACUGUUUCCCAUAUCCUCACCGCCAUUGCCUUUGCCCAAUGGUAUACAUCACAAACACGAUUGAUUAGCGGGUCUGCAUCUGACCCAACGGCCGCCUCGAGACAAGUACUGUCAAGCAUCCUCGAUCACUGGCCCAAGAGUGUUAGAGAAAGAUGCAGAAAGCAGCUGAACACUGGUCUCGCCUGCGGGUUGAAGUGGGGCUUCUUGGCCAAGGCCGUGGGUUUUGGUAUUUUCUUCAAGGGCGCAUGGCAGCUCGCAAAGUCCGAAAACCAUGUCUUGAAUGAACUGGCCAAAGGGCUACGCAAAAAACCGAAGAAGAUGGCAGUUUUAGGUCUGUUGCAAGAUCAGUUCAAACUAUUGUUGACGACUGGCAGAGCAGACCCAGACAGAUUCUUCCACGGCCUAGUGGGUAAACGCCUAUGGUCUUCGGUUGUUGCUGUCGGGCUUGAAGAUUUGUGCAAGCAAGUCCAAGAACGCAUCCCUAGCCGUAUGCUUCUCGUGAAAGAUAGCGGCUUUGCAUUCAACGUCGAUUCACUCCGAACACUUAGUGGAAGAGAAUGGCUUGACGACGAUACCAUUCUCGCUUGUUUGCACUUAUCCGAAAAAUUGCCCUUCGUCCGAGUCGGCUUUUCUAUCCCAAUCCACUGCGAGGAAGGACCUAUAUCACGCCCGCUCGAGAGAGCAGUGAAGCAAAUACUACAAUGGAAGCGAGAAGGGGGGGCGGAGAACCACUUAGUCUACUUUUUCCCGCUCUUUCAGCACCAGAACCACUUCAGCCUCCUUGAGAUAAACGAAAGGGAAAAUUCCAUCUUCCACUACGACUCUCUAUCCGCGGGGGCAAAUGCUCUUGUCAAGGCGGCAUGUGACAGAGAGUUCGCCCAGUUUGAGUACUAUGAGAAACUCGGCUGUCAGGGUGGGCUCCGCCAAAACGAUGGAUACAGCUGUGGCCCCCUCGUCAUCUCGUUUGGCCGUUCGCGGAUGUUGGGUCGACCUCUUAUCUCUGAAUACGAUGGGAGGGAGCUGAGGGCUGAGGCUAUGCAAAUCCUGCGAUGCGGAUUCAAGACUAAAAGGCUGAUUGCUGCACCAACAGGGAAACGAAAGGCUAUAGUGGCGGAACAGCAUGACCUAGGAGUGAGGAGCAAAAGGCAGAAGAGAGGAGGUGAAAAGGAAGCGACUGGAUGA